GGGGUGACGUGUGGCGAGGUUGUGGACUUCGGGGGUCGGAUUAAAUUACCCCUUCCUGAACGGCUUGUUGCCUGCUGGGAGAGUAUCAAGGUGCCCAGUCCCACGACUGUUACACCAACCUUCUACUUAAGGGUCGUCGUUCGGCCCGCGCCCGCCGGCCAUGGCCGCCGCCACCGCCUCCCCGGAGCUCGACCUCGUCACGGACAACGUGACGGCGGCGCCCGCCGACUGGCUCAGCAACAACAUCACCUGCAACCAGUACAUCCGGCACAACACCACCUUCAUGAUCUACGGCGGCUACGAGGGCGUGCCGCUCAACCUGGGCGCCAACGUCCUCGGCUGGCUGGGCCUGAUCCUGCUAUUCUCCCUGCUGCGUAAGAGCGCCUGGAACUACGGCCGACUGGCUCUGGUGCACAAGAACGAGCGCAGAAUGCUACUUAACCCCUUCUCCAAGGGCACCUACAACAUAUGGACGCAACUCUUCUACGGCAACGAGGAGGCCAUGGGCCGGUUGCGGAUGAACGACGAGUCCUUCCACAACAUGGACUCCAGCAUCCUGGUCGACCGGGGCUUCUUCUCCUGGAUUGUCGCUAUAUUCAAAAUCAAGGAUGACGAUAUCCUGCGCAAGUGCGGCUCGGAUGCGGUGCAGUACCUGUCGUUCCAGCGGCACAUCAUGGUCUACCUCUCCAUCGUCACCCUCAUCUCCAUCGGCAUCGUGCUGCCCGUCAACUUCCAGGGCAAGCUGGAGGGCAAGGAGAAGGACUUCGGCCAUACGACCAUUACCAACCUCGACCCAUCCUCGGCGUGGCUGUGGCUGCACGUCAGCCUGUCGGUGCUGUUCCUGCCGCUGGGCGUGUACAUCAUGCGCCGCUUCUCGUCGCAGCUGAACAUCAGCGGCGACGACACGUCGGCCGUGUCGCGCACGCUCAUGAUCACCAGCAUCCCGCGCCAGGCGUGCAACCGCAACAGCCUGCUCAAGCACUUCCAGGAGGCGUACCCGAUGGUGGGCCUGCAGGACAUCCAGUUCUCCUACAACAUCAGCCGGCUGAUGGAGCUGGACCAGCAGCGGGACGCCAUGUUCCAGGCGCGGCUGUACGCCGACGAGUACCUGGCCAGCACCGGCGACCGGCUGGCUAUCCGGCCGUACGUCUGCGGCCACUUCUGCUGCUGCUGCUCUCUCUGCGGCUGCGUCGAGGUGGACGCCAUCCAGCACUACUCGCGCGAGGAGAGCAGGCUGAGCCGCCAGGUGGAGAUCGAGAAGGCCACCGCCCUCAACCAGCCGCUCGGCAUCGCCUUCAUCACCUUCAGGAGCAAGGAGAUGGCCUCCCGCGUGCUGAACGAGCACGCUCUGCUGCUGGGCUGCCGGUGCCGCCAGAACCCGCCCGCCUCCAGCAUGAGCGCCCUGCUCAAGCCGUACCGCUGGCAGGUGCAGGUGGCGCCGCCGCCCGAGGACAUCUACUGGCAAAACCUGAACCACUCGUCCUUCUGGUGGUACUUCCGCUCGUUCUUCAUCAACAUCAUCCUGUUCCUGGUGCUGUUCUUCAUGACCACGCCUGUGAUCGUGGUCAACUCGGUCGACGUCGUGUCGCUGACGGACCGGGUCAAGGCCAUGAGCUCGCUGGUGUCGGAGUUCUUGCCGACGCUGCUGCUCUGGACGAUCGCCGCCCUGAUGCCCGUGCUGGUGGCCUUCUCCGACCGCUUCCUCUUCCACUGGACGCGCUCCUCUGAGAACUACUCGGUCAUGGUCAAGACUUUCAUCUUCCUGCUCUUCAUGGUGCUCAUUCUGCCGUCGCUCGGUCUCACCAGUGCGCGCGCCUUCGUCGAGUGGGCGGUGCAGACGCAGAACCAGACGUACCGCUGGGAGUGCGUCUUCCUGCCCGACAACGGCGCCUUCUUCGUCAACUACGUCAUCACGUCGGCCUUCAUCGGCACCGCGCUCGAGAUCAUCCGCUUCCCCGAGCUGUUCGUGUACGCCCUGCGCAUGUGCAUGGCCAGGUCGCAGGCGGAGAUCGCCAGCGUACGCGCGGCCGUGCUGUGGGAGUUCCCGUUCGGCAUCCAGUACGGCUGGGUGCUGCUCAUCUUCGCCAUGACGGUGGUGUACUCGCUGCUCUGCCCGCUCAUCACGCCGUUCGGCCUGGUCUACAUGAUCCUGAAGCACCUGGUCGACAAGCACAACCUGUACUUCGCCUACGGCGCGUCGCGCAUCAAGAAGCGCAUUCACGUGACCGCCAUUAACUUCGUCAUCCUGUCGAUCGUGCUGACGCAGCUGUGCCUCUUCCUCUUCUCGUACAUCCGGCGCGGCAUGCGCGACAUCGCCAUCUACUCGCUGAUCGGCCUCAGCGCCACGCUGGCCAUCUUCCUCUCGCACGUGCUCUUCCACUGGUUCGAGCAGUGCAGCCCCAUCCGAUACACGAGCAUGGAGCCGACUCCGUCAGAAGAGAGCGGUGUCAGCAGCGGCGAAGAGUCGCCGCCGCAGCGUCCGUUCGUGCCCGUUGUGCUACAGCGCGCGCCCCAAGUCCGGGUCAGGGACACAGGCGACGUGUACUCCUACCCGACGGCGGGCCCGGCGCGGAGUCCGCCCGAGCUUCGGCGCCGCUCGUACGGCUCCAACCAGGACCCGUCGUCGGCCAGCGACACGCCGCCCGCCGGCGAGCACGAGCUGUACCAGAACUACAACCAGGAGAAGCCGCCGCCGGAGGAGGUGCCCUUGGAGGCGCGGCCGGCCGGCGACCAGGAGGUAUGAGCGGCGGCCGAACGUCGCCGGCCGCCGGUCGCCAGUGGCCGGGCGCACAGCCAGCGAUGCGCGGAGGCUCUGUCUGUCGGGGCUCACCCGCUCACCUGCGUCGGAGGCAUUUGACCGGCGGCGAGCGAGCAGUAUUCGUUACUGGCGAGCCUGGAGUGUAUCGCUUGUGGAGCUGGUGCAGAAAAGCGUGUCUGAAUGUCUGUCUGCGCGCGUGAACGGUCUAAAGCAGGUUCACAGGGCCGAUUGGGCCGUCCUGUUCACCGAGUUCCUCACCAGAGUCAUAUUGUAACAGUUGGCCGCAACUUCUAUUGCGGGAUCGCCGAUCCGUGGGGUGCCGCCUCCGCCGAUGUUUCGGAACAUCCCGACAAUGUCGCUCGGCGCCCUGGCCACGCACCACCCUCCGGUCUUACCCGACUGUGCGCUGCUGUGUAACCCUGGGGAUACGGGCCGGCCCGCCAGUGUGGCCCGCCUCCGGGGGAGAAGGGGACAUCGGGCACACCUCCCACCGUAGUAAUUUAACGUAGUCAACGGGAAAAGUGGCGGAUAGACGCAGGGUGGUGACUCUAGGUCGUUUGUCGGGAGAAGCGGUCGGCUGAUCGGAUCAUGACCCCGCCGCGCUCGGGGGCAAAUGAGCGCGCGACUCAGGGCGCGACCCUCCCUCCGUCACUCCUUCGCAUGAAGUAGUGCACUCACUGAGAGCAUAAGGUACUUGUUGACAGAUCACGGGCCGUUGGUUCGCUCCUUGCCGACACUCGCGUUCCAAACCUGACUAACUGCGCGUCUAUCCCGUUUCGACCCUAACCCUUGGUCCACCCCCCCCCCCCUUUGCCAGCUAAUGAAGGUAGUCUUCGGAUGACAUUAACAUCUUAAUUGACAUUGACAGACAUGGAACGUCUUUCCUUUGUCGCUAAAUUCGCCAUAGUCUCUGGGUUUUGCCUGAGCUACUAAAAAGACGCCCCCCCCCCCCCCCCCUCUCGCGCUUCACACCACGCGACGCUGUUUCCCAGACGUAGACCUCGACAUCGAGCGCGGUCCUGGCGGCGGUAGCCACCGCUCCUUACACACCGUCACGUCAGCGCUCGUGACGGCCACGACACAGCCGGCAGCGUGUCGGUAGAUCAGGCGUUUGCGCAGCGGAGCUUCGUCUUGGCAACUGUGUGCCGCUA